CGAAAGCAGCCGGCAGUCUACGUCAACUGCACCAUAAAGCUCGAUAACGCCAGCAAUUGAUCGCAGGACAUCUCGAUCGACUUCUCCGUAUUACGUCGUUGUACAUGGUUCAGCAGCUGCACUACGGAAAAUUAGUUUAAGGGCAUCGAACAACCCGCAUCGACAAACUCAACACCAGACGACAACACAUACAAAAUGUUCGCAGCAAGAAGAGCACUCUACACCGUCUCGGCACGCCCCGUUCUCCAUGUGGCUCCCCGUAUCGCCGUCGCGACCAGAUCAUAUGCCGAUAAGCAGGGUGCGCCGACCAAGUCCCACCCCGAUGCCACCAUGCCCCACAUCACCGAGGAGACCAAGGCAUACGAGAGGAUUUAUGAGAAGGGAAAGCCUACCACCGACCAAUCACCAGUGGAGGAUGAGGGCGUGACUGCACAGGAGCUGAUCGAGGGUGACGCCGAGGCCGAGAAGAACGCACCAGAGGUUGUGAAGGAGAACUUGAACAAGUUCGCCGUACCAGAACCUUUGGAAAAGGGAAAGUACGAUGAUAUUGUCCAGUUAUUCGUAGGUGUCAUCAUGAAGGACGGAAAGAAGGCUCGUGCGCAGAACGUUUUGCAGAAGGCAUUUGAUGUCCUUAAGCUGAAGACAGGCGGAAACCCUUUGCAGGCUUUCGCGGAGGCUAUGGAGAGGGCUGCACCGUUGAUGUCAAUCCGUACCAGUGUCAAGGGAACCAAGAAGGUUCAGGUGCCUGUACCAUUGAACGAGAGACAGAGGCACAGGCAUGGAAUCAGGUGGAUCAUCAAGCACUCCGAGUCACGAAAGCACAAAGAACUCCACUUGAGGAUUGCGGAUGAGUUGCUUGCUGUCUUGGAUGGAACCAGCAACGUGUUCAACGACAAAUUCGAAGUUCACAGGCAGUGCUUGCUUAACCGUGCCAGUGCUUCUAAACUUGUUGAUGUUGAUGCGCAGGAUGAGAGUGGGACGACGCCGUUGAUCAUGGCAGCGUGUUUCGGUCGAACAGAUGUUGUGAAGGCAUUGUUGGAGGCGCACGCGGAUGUGAACAAGCAGGACAAGUACGGGUGGACAGCUACGAUGUGGGCCUCAAACAACAAUCAUCCGGAUCUGAUUAAGGAGCUUGUUGCGCAUGGUGCGUCCACCACGACGAAGACUACGAGUGGGCGAACAGCAUUGGAUUUCGCGGCGCCGGAGACAUCUACGGAGGUUGCUGGAUUCUUGACGAGAGGUAAUGACGAUAGUCCUGAGAUUGGGACGUUGGGCAUGAUGGCUGGUUCGGACGAUUGGUAUGACCGAGGCGGGUUCUCGGAGGAUAGGUUUGAGGAACAGAUGGCUGAGGAUGAGUUUCAAAAGAGGUUGAUGAUGGAGAGUGCGGCGAAUUUGGAAGUGGAUUUGUCCAGUUUGGGGUUGGAUGAUACGACUGAUUCGCCAUUUCUGGAGGAGAUUGAUGAGGGGCCGUCGUUUGAUUAUAGUCGGUGUUUGCCGUCGCAGAUGUUUGUGUUUUCCGAGGAGGACCUACCGCAUAUCUUUGAUGUUGUCAUCACCCGGAUGCAGCCCGUGCGGUCACCAGCCCAGAAGCCUGUUCCUGCCAACGUGCUCUUUCUCUGUGCGAGAUUUGCACAUUAUUUCAGUACGCCAGAGUUGAUGAUGAAGCUGCUGGAUGGUGCAGUGCUGCGGAUACAGGAUGUCACCAAGAAGCGAGCAGAAGACAUGGCAAAUCUGGCGUUCUGGAUUUCGAACUGCACGCUGCUGUUAUACCAUAUGAAGAAGGACCAGGGUUUAGUGGGCGUAACUAUUCCACACCAGCAGGAGAUUUCGGAGCUGAUCAACGAUAUUUGGAUGCUGCUCAUCCAAGAUGCGGAGCGAAGACUGGAUAAAGUUCUCGAUGCUGGAAUGUUGGAUAAUGAGACCAUUCCGGGCUUGCAGAAUGUGCAGUUCGAGAAUGAAUGGAGAUUAUUCAGGUCGCGGAAGAAGGAGGCGCCUGUUGAGGGCGUCCGGCCACCUUCACCACGGCGAAGAGCCGGACCCUCGCCGAGGAAUAUCACAUCAUUGCUGUCAUCGACAUUGUUCGUGAUGGAAGCGUACGAUGUGCACCCUGUCAUUAUCGCUCAAACCUUUUCGCAACUGUUCUUCUGGGUUGGAGGAGAGCUGUUCAACCGCAUAAUCACGAAGAAGAAGUACUUGGCACGAAGCAGAGCAAUGCAGAUCCGAAUGAAUGUCAGUGCUUUGGAAGAUUGGGCAACGCGCACCAACAUUUUACGAAAAGAGGAACAAAGCGAGAUGUCGUCACAGCCGAGCAUCCAUGAGGCAGCACGGCACCAUCUUAUACCUGUUAAUCAGCUCCUACAGUGGCUGCAGGUGUUAUCGUCGAUUGGGGAUGAUGUAGAUGCAUUGGAGACUACCCGUGAAUCACUGCACAGACUCACCCUGCCACAGCUCGCACGGGCAGUGCGAGAUUACCGGUAUGAAGUGGGUGAAGGCAAGCUUUCUUCCGCGGUGAAGAAGAUUAUCUUUGAUGUGCCGACUCAGAAGGCGGAUGAAAAGCAGAAGAUCGACAGUCUGGCUGAUCAUCUGUAUGAAGAGGAGGAUGCGAUCACGUUGGAUACCACGUACAUGUUACCAUUCAAGCUUGCCACUACAACUGAGAUGAUUCUCGCGUACGGUGCCGGUAUCGGUGGUACGAACCGGGAAAGGGAGAGAAGAUAUACCCCGUUCCUUCCUGCCGAGUUUUUGGAUAAGCUUGAUGCGGAGAAGAAGAAGGCUCAGGGCGAGAUUGAAUCUGGGAGUAACGGCAAGACUUGGGAGGAGGAGGCUGCUGGUAUCGAGGAUCUGCGCAGAGCUGAUCUUUCGACAGUGGAAGCGCGAUGGUAACAGCAUAAUGAUUCCACUCUUUGGCGUUUUCGGUGCGCGGUUAGGAACAAGACUAGCAUAUGAUACAGGCAUGAAUUACAAGCGUU